AUUAUCUAUAAUGGCGCCCUUCGCUUUCUUGUUCAUUUUCUUUCAAUGUCUUUUCCCUGCGACAAGUAGCACAUCCCCGCAGCCACCGCUUGCACCAGCACUGUAUGUGUUUGGAGACUCCUUGCUUGACAGUGGCAAUAACAAUAUUUUGCCAACCAUUGCUAAAGUAAAUUAUCUCCCAUACGGAGCCAACUUCCCCCGGGGACAUACAGGGAGAUUCACUAAUGGCAAAACACUCGCGGAUUUUGUGGCUGAAUUCCUUGGCCUACCAUAUUCUCCGCCAUGUCUGAGUGUGAAUAACUCUGUACCACUUACGGGGUUGAAUUAUGCAUCUGGUGGAUGCGGCAUCCUCCCAGAAACUGGACGUCAAUUAGGGAAGUGCCUGAGUUUGGAAGAACAGUUUGGUUUAUUCGAAAAGACAGUGAAGUCAAAGCUGCCAAGCCAUUUCAACUCCAACCCAGAGAAGCUUUCAGAUUAUCUAUCAAAGUCAAUAGUCGUAAUCUCCAUUGGCAGUAACGACUACUUAAGUAAUUAUUUUGACACCGAGUUGUCCGAUACAAGCAAACGUUUUGGCCCCGAACCAUUCGCUCAACUCCUCGUAGAUUCACUCUCCCGGCAGCUUGAGAGGCUAUACAACAUUGGAGUCAGAAAGGCAAUCACGUUCGAUAUCGGUCCACUCGGCUGCAUCCCUUGGAUCACAAGGAAUCAUAAACAAAAUGGAACAUGUGUUGAAGAAAAGAACCAGCUUGUUCAAUAUUUCAACAACAGGCUUCCUGCGAUGCUUAAGAAUUUGACCACAACCCUCAAGGGCUCGAACUUUGUUCUUGGCCACUCUUAUUGGUUAGUCUAUGAUGCAGCAAUAAACCCUUCUGAAUAUGGCAUAACAGAUGCGAGGAAUCCAUGUUGCUCAGCAUGGUUGAAUGGGACAACAUUGUGCAUUCCAAAGUCGAAGCCAUGCCCAAAUGUAGAUGAACACUGUUUUUGGGAUGGUUAUCAUCUUACAGAAGCUAUGUAUUCAUUAGUAGCUUCCCGUUGCAUCAACGAUGAAUCAGUCUGCAUUCCUAUCAAUUUAAAGGACCUUGUUAAUUUCUAA